GGGGUCAAAGUUGACAUGUUAUAUUCAAUAUGGCGGCUAGUAAACGAGUGUUGUAUGUCGGUGGUUUGGCAGAUGAGGUGGAUGAAAAGGUGUUGCAUGCAGCUUUUAUUCCCUUUGGAGACAUUAUAGAUAUCCAGAUACCUUUAGACUAUGAAACAGAAAAACACAGAGGAUUUGCAUUCAUUGAAUUUGAGCUGGCAGAGGAUGCUGCUGCAGCUAUUGAUAACAUGAAUGAAGCAGAACUGUUUGGGCGAACUGUCCGUGUCAACAUCGCCAAGCCCAUGAGAAUCAAAGAGGGUUCUUCUCGACCAGUGUGGUCGGAUGACGACUGGCUAAAGAAGUUCUCAGGGAAAACUGUGGAAGACCCUGAGGGCGAAGCAAAUGCUGGUGAAACAACCACCACGACACAGGAGGGUGAGCCACCAGCCAAAAAGGGCAGAGUAAAUCCGCAGGUCUACAUGGACAUCAAGAUUGGCAACAAACCAGCAGGAAGACUGCGCUUCCUCCUCCGAGCAGACAUUGUUCCAAUGACAGCAGAGAACUUCCGCUGCUUGUGCACUCAUGAAAAAGGCUUUGGCUACAAGGGCAGCAGCUUCCACCGGAUUAUUCCUCAGUUCAUGUGCCAAGGAGGCGACUUCACCAACCACAACGGCACCGGCGGCAAGUCCAUCUACGGCAAGAAGUUUGAUGAUGAGAACUUCAUCCUCAAACACACGGCUCCAGGACAGCUCUCCAUGGCCAACUCUGGGUUAAACACUAACGGCUCGCAGUUUUUCAUCACCACUGAUAAAACAGACUGGCUGGAUGGUAAACAUGUGGUGUUUGGAGAACUGCUGGAGGGGAUGGAUGUAGUUCAAGCAAUGGAGGCUCAGGGAACAAAAGACGGAAAGCCAAAGCAGAAAGUGAUCAUCUCAGACUGUGGAGAAUAUGUGUGAAUAAAAUAAAAAAUAUAUAUUAUGCUAGUUUGUAUGAGUGUAUGA